AUGUACUGGCCGAUCGGGGCGCCGAAUGUCUACGCCCUGUCGAAGCAUGCCUUCCCGGGAACGAUCGUGACACAAUCUGAAGACGGGCUGGACGAUGACGACGAUACCAAGCAUAUGAGUGCGAGAGGAGUCGUGGAUGCAAAGAGAGGGGAGCACGAAAUAUUGGAUAUCAAAAUCUCGCGAGGUGGAAGUGUAUUCGUCACAAUCACACGAUCAUCAUUGACCGUCUGGCAAACCAAGCCAACUGUGGCCCUCGCUACUGUUACGCGUUCGCCCCAAUCUAUGCAGACAUACGGUCCGACCACUGCGCUGCUAUUGAGACCGGAUGCUCUGAUAAUAGUUCUUCAAACCUCGCUUGGCUAUCUGAUCACAUACUCUCUCGCGACCGAUCCAUCUGCCCGGGUAUAUCAGACUGUUCUGCCCGAGUCCUCGAGACAUGCGCGGAAGGCCAGUGCAGACGGCUACAGCAAUUUGAGGAAACCCAGCGUGACUGCAUCUGGAUUCGCUCCGGCUGAAGGUGAUGGGAUCCGGGAGGUCAAUGUCCGUUUCCGUAUGGUCAUUCGGAUUGAUGCCGGGAUAAGCAGAGCGAUCGCGCUUGACGAUGAGUUGAUCGUCGCGACGCAACAGCCAGCGGCGUUGCAAUGCAUAAAAUGGGUCGCCGACAACGGCUCAUCGCAGACAAGUACUGAACUUGUGAGUCGCAUCCCAUGGAUUGGACGGAAAGCUUGUGUAAUGGAGAUGCUCCAUGAUCGACCGAUGAGUCUAAGUACCUGGAUCACGGACGACGGGAGAGCAUUUGUGGUACAACGACGCAGCGAGGCCAAGGCAGAUCCCGAGAACCCAAAGGCGUUGUUCCAAGGAUUCUGUUUCCGCGAGCCAGAAACAGACGAGGGUGCCGCGAAGAAAGUGGCCAUCAAUGCGAGAUUCUCACUGAUCGCAAUAGGAUGUGCCAAUGGGCAAAUAGAUGCUUACGUUGUCAAAGAUUACUUCGGGAACGUGCCGCUCUCGCACAAGAUCGACUUGCACAUCGCCUCUACUACGACAGGACAGCUCACAUGUCUCGCAUGGUCACCGGAUGGCUACUGUCUCUUUGCUGGCUAUGAGCACGGCUGGGCGACUUGGACAGUCUAUGGGAAGCUGUGCGCAAGCUCAUUCAGCGCAGACCAAGCGCAAUUGCAAGCCAACGACGAGCAAUGGCUGCGAGGAAUUCAGGGAGCUCUCUGGCUAGGCGGCGGCUGCGAACUGGCCCUUCUGCCACGCGCCGACAAUCGCAUAUGGACCUUGGACAUGGCACGCAAUGCGACGGCGGGCUGCUUCACGCCUGCAAAUAUCUCGAGGGGCCUACUACAUUCCAGCGACAGCGUAAUGGUCUACAAGGGGCAUGAUGUGGCAGACGUGACAUCUCUACCAUCGGAUAUGCCUAUGUGGCAGACAGUGCAGAUUCCAGCUCAUUAUCUUGUGCAUCAAUGGCCCAUCAAAGCUGCGGUCGUGUCGCCUGACGGAAAGUACAUCGCAGUGGCAGGUCGACGCGGACUCGCGCAUUACAGCGUCUCGAGCGGUCGAUGGAGAACCUUCGAUGACACACAGCUCGAGCAAGAGUUUGUCGUCCGUGGUGGCAUGUGCUGGCAUCAUCACGUUCUGAUUGCAUCUGUCGAGGCGAGCAAUCGCUAUGAGAUUCGACUGUACUCUCGCGAAAAGUCCCUGGACUUCAACAACAUUCAGCACACUGAGAAGCUACCAGCGCCUGCGAUAUCCACCACAAUGUCCGGUACUGACUCACUUCUGGUUUAUACGUACGACAACACGUUGCUGCACUAUAUUGUGGUGAUGACGGCUUCUGCUAGUAAGCUGGUUCAAGUUGGGCAGAUAGGCUUUCAUGGGAUCAUCAGAGCUCCGCCACGAGUCCGGUCGAUUAGCUGGAUAUUACCAGAGGAUCAGCUAGAGCAUGGCGAUCCAUCUCAAGAUGUCGCGACUGCAGCGGUACUCUUCUUGGUUGAUGGCAAGCUGGUCUUGUUACAGCCCUCCACCAACGAGCAAGGGGAGUUGAAGUAUGACAUGCGCGUGAUUGCGCAGAACGUCGAGUACUACACCUUGUUGCGGGAUCAUCCUGUCAUCGCCGCGUCUCUUCAGAACGAGGACCCUAGCACUCCGCAUAUUAACGGCCUGUCGAUUUCUGGCCAUCUUGGACAUAGCCUUCGCGAUUCGCUGUGGUACUUUGACGGAUCUGGCUUCAACGUAUGGUCUGAUGUCCACGAUGUGUUGGCCAGCGCACCAUCAGAACUGGGACGAGAUCUCCCGCCCGUCGUCACAGUACCUCUUGACUUCGCUCCACUGUCCACAGUGGUUGGCAAAGGAAUAAUCCUCGGAGUCGAAGCCGAUCUUGUUCAAAGAAGAGAUGUCAACUUCAGCUACUUCCGCCAUGCACCAAGGACGCAGCUUUUCUUACCCCAGCUCUUGCGGCAUCACUUGACCGAGUACAACUCGCCUGCAGCCUUGCAUCUCUCCAGCUCUUACGAACAUCUCCCUUACUUUUCGCACGCAUUGGAAGUCACACUACACGAUGUACUGGAUGCCGAGGUAGACAAUCCGCCAUCACCACCAGAGACCGCUUUACUCCCUACCGUGCUCUCGUUCCUCUCAUCUUUCGAUUCGUAUCUGGACGUUGUGGUCAAUUGCACCCGUAAAACCGAGCUACGCAGCUGGCAAACCCUCUUCUCCUACCUACCGCCCGUUCUGGAGCUUUUUGAGCAGUCCCUGGCGCUGAACAAACUCAAUACGGCUGCUGGGUACCUUUUGGUGCUACAUGCCUUCGAACAGGAAUCAUUUCAAAUCCAUGAAUUUGCCCAGCUCCUUCGCUUGGCAGGCUAUGAGCAAGAUUGGGAACUGUGCAAGGAAUUGUCGCGCUUCCUGGUCGGCAUAGAUGGCUCUGGCGGGAUCCUGAGAUCAACUAUCGCAGCAGCGGGUUUCAAAGCUUACAAGCUGAUUGAAACCUUGCGUCUUGUGACCAUUGCUUUCGUUCGAAACAGCGGAACGUCGCAUCUGAGAGCAUCGUCUAAUCCAGACUCGCCGUACCAUCCACGAUCUCAAAGCUACAGGUCGCACAGGAUCGAAUGCCAGUCUCUUUUCUGACUCACCUAGGCGAUCUCUUGAUGAGGGAGGCAGCCGUGGAGCACUGUUUGGCGAGGAUGUAGAGGACGACAAGAUGGUGCAAUCCAUCUCAAGCUUGAGAAGCUAUGAUUCUGAUAGCGAAACAGCCCAGCGGGCACAGGACGAAGCCAAGGCUGUGAGAGAAAUGCAACUCGCGCUUGAUGAUAUCGUUGGUGACGACACUCGAGAGUCGUUGUUUUCGGAGACAUCAGGCAGAAAAUCAUUGGAUGAGGACGAGGAAAGGCCUCUAUUUGGGGAAUCUCAUCGUCCGCCACUUCCCAAUUCGACCAGUUCCUUUGGCGGCAAGAAGAGCAUCGCUUCACUCGGACUAGUGGGAGCUCCAUCGAGUAGAGGCGUCUUCGUGGAUGACCUAUUCGGCGAGGAAGCAGAGAAAUUCGCGGAGGAUGAUCGAGCAGACUCUGAUGAUUCUUC